UCUAUCUGUGGUCAGUGUCAAGUUGGUUUGAUUUAUUUUUAACAAUACUUUACAAAAAUUGUUUUUUAGUCAGAUUAUGGCUGCUGAGAAUCUAUGAUAAUUCCUUUCAAUAUCUAAUUUUAGUAUAGAAAAUUUUUGUUUACCCCUAUCCCCUAUUCUAACAUUUGUGUACUGUUUAUUUUCACACAUUCUACAUUUCUACAUUUUUGUCACUUUUUAUUUUCUUAUAAAGAAUGUCUAAUUUUAUGAGGCGUUUUACUAGUAACUACAGAUGAUAAUGACUAUAGAAAAUCACCAUAUUCAUCAACACAGAAGAGCAAUUUAAUAGGUCCAAAUAUCAAUUAUCUUAGUAGAUCACACACUAAUGCCUAUGGUAAAUCAUCCAAUUCGUUAAUACAAAUGAAAAACAAUUUAAUAGAACCAAAUACCCGUUAUUCCAAUAGAUCAGAUAGUACUGUCUAUAAUAGAUCAUCAUAUUCAUCAACACAAAUUACAGAAUUUCACACUGAUUGCUAUGCUGGAUCAAGCAGUAAUGCCUAUGGCACAUUAUUACAUUCAACACAGAUGAAGACCAAAUUUACUGAAUCAACUGGACUUGUAACUGGCAUAUCAUCUCAUUCAUCCACACAGACAACAAGGAAGCAAAGAACAAACAGAAAGAGAGACAAAAAAGCCAAACGCAAGGAAAAAUUAAGAGAGAAAAGAGAGCAUAGUAUACAACCAGAAAAAACAAUGCCAAUAAUAUCUAGAAUCAAAAUACCAUUAGAGAAACGUAAGAAGCAUGGGACUUUAAUGAAAGACAGCAGAUGUAACAUAUCUGUGUGCAUAGAUUUGAGCUGGGUACUAGGAAUGGAAGUUAAGGAUCUGAAUAUCAGUCUUAAAGAAAUUAGAAAGACUUAUAUGUUAAAUAGACAUGCUAAGGCCCCUUUACAGAUGCACUUAACAGGAUACGGUGGUCCAACUAAAGACUUACUGAUAAAACGUGGUGUACCCUUAAGGUGGGACCUACAUUUUCACGAAGAUCAUUUUUUAGACCUCUUCGAUAAGGAUAAAUUUGUAUAUUUGACCAGCGAGAGUGAGAACGAAAUUGAAAGUCUGGAGGAAGACAAAGUAUACGUUACUAGUGCUUGGGGAAAAAACUCCCAUGAAUGGGAUAAUUAUACGAGAGCUAUAAAUGAAGAUAUAGCACAUGCCCGAUUUCCAGUCGAGAAAUAUUUUAACAAUAGAUAUAAAAAUGACAAAAAAAUCUUGAUUUUGUCGCAAGUGUGCGAUAUAAUUCUAAGACUAAGUCAAGGAAAAUCAUUUAAGGAAGCCGUAGGAGUAGUUUUUAGACAGAAACCAGGCAUUUUAGAUAUGGAGGCGUAUCAAGAAUAUAUACGCAAUCCUGAACCGACUUAACUAUUAUUUUUUAUGUUAAAUAUACUUAGGAAUUAAGUAAAGUCUGUCCAGUGAGAGGAGCAACGAUUUUGACAGAUGACAUCCAAUAAUUGACAGAAAAAAGAAAUUACUUUGAAUGAAAAUGUCAGACAACUGUUAUGAUUUAUAAAAAUAAUAGAAAAUAUAUUUUUUCUCGUUUUUUGUCUAAUAAAAAUUGUAAAAUGGUAUGCUACAGAUGAUGCUAAUAAAGUAAAGCUUGUUUCAUGUAGACGCGAAUUGCGAAUUGCGGAAUGCGAUUCGCCAAAAAAUCCUUUCAUACAGUCGCGAAUUUUUAGGGACAUUUCAUUUUUGCUCUACUGAAAGUUAUCAAAAAAAUCAUAACCUGAGAUAACUUAAUUUGUUUUUUAUUCGGGUUUACGACCUUUAUUUUAUAUUUUAUAGCGUACAAUAUGAGUUUAAAUUUGUUUAAUGAUUAUGAAUAUUGAUUACGAUUGUGGGAUUGGAAUAGAAGGAGCAAAAUUGCCAUUUACUUAUUGUUAAAACGUAGAAGAGAACGGGUUUAUAUUAUAGGUCAUUUGGGACAUGUGAAAUAUUUAAAUUUCGUAAGCAACAAGGGUGCUUAUCGCAAUUUAAUUCAAGAAAUGAGGACAAAAGAUGAGAAAAAAUUUAGGAAUUUUCAGAUGGUCUGUACAGGAGUUUGAUAACUUGGUUGAAAAAUUGUCACAUGAUUGUCACCAUGUAUAUCAAAAACAUAUCAUAAACAUAUGCGCGAGAACCCAUUUCACCUGGAGAAAUGCUUUCAGUUACUUUGUACUUUGUCAGCGUCGUCAAAAUAAUCGAUAAUCACCAUUCUGCGCAAAGGCAAACCUUAAAAUCGCACGAAUAUUCACAAAAAGUUGAAAACACUUUAACUUUCCCGCCCCCCAAAUUUUAAAUCUUGCGAAUCGCCAAAAUCUUAAAAUUUCUGACAGCAUGUCAUGAUCAUUAAAAUUGGACCAAUGAGAGCAGUUUCGCAAAAUCGCGAUUCGCGUCUACACGAACAAGGCUUAACGGGUUUUCUUCAAAAGAA